AUGCCGAAAACUCCUCGUCCCACCAGCAGCCAUGGUGGCAUCACCAAAUCUGACCCCUAUGCCGGCGCCUCCGCCCGCAAACAGAAAGCCUCCGCCUCCAAGAACGCAAUCUUCAAAAUGAACACGGACAUCGGCCAACACAUCCUCAAAAACCCGGGCGUCGCCCAAGCGAUCGUCGACAAAGCCGACGUCAAACAAUCCGAUAUCGUCCUCGAAGUUGGUCCCGGUACCGGAAACUUGACGACGCGAAUACUGGAGAAGGCGAAAAGAGUUAUCGCAGUUGAACAAGAUCCCCGAAUGGCGGCUGAAUUGACGAAGCGCUUCCAGGGCACAUCUGCAGCGAAGAGGCUGGAGUUGAUUCUCGGGGAUGUGAUCAAGAUGGAGCAACUACCAUAUUUCGACGUCUGCAUCAGCAACACGCCCUACCAAAUCUCCUCGCCCCUCACGUUCAAGCUCCUCGCCACGACCCCCGGACCGCGGAGUUGCGUACUGAUGUUUCAGCGCGAGUUUGCGAUGAGGUUAUUUGCGAAGCCCGGGGAGAAGCUGUAUUCGCGUCUGAGUGUGAACUGCCAGAUGUGGGCGAAGGUGGACCACGUUAUGAAAGUGGGGAGGAACAAUUUCAACCCGCCGCCGCAGGUGGAGUCGAAUGUUGUGAGGAUCUCGCCGAAGAAUCCGAGGCCGAGUAUUAGCUAUGAUGAGUGGGAUGGCUUGUUGCGGAUUUGCUUUGUGAGGAAGAAUCGAGUGUUGCGGAGCGGGUUUUUGGGGACGAAUAGUGUUAUGGCUAUGCUGGAGAGUAAUUACCGCACGUACUGCGCGCAGAACGAUACACCGCUCGACGAUGGUCCCGCCGAUGGCGUUGACGAAGAUAUGGAGGUUGACGAUGGUCCGGAGGAGGAGAUUAUGGACAUUGACGAUGGGGAGGAUUUGCCGGAUUUCUUCAAAGAGGAGGCGGAUAAGAAAGCGAGGAAGAUGAUGGAUAAUCCCAACAGGAAGAGGAAGGGGAAGGUUGCGGAGUUGGUGAGGAGUAAGGUCAAGAAGGUGUUGGAGGUGGAUACGGAGCUUGCGGAGAAGAGAGCGAGGCUCUGUGAUGAGGGAGAUUUCCUGAAGCUGUUGUGGGCAUUCAAUCAGGAGGGCAUACAUUUUGCUUGA